AGGAAAGAAACCGUACAAAAACACGUCGUAUCCCAUAAUCAACCUUGUAACCGUAGCCAGUGGAGCUUAACUUCCGGCUUCCCCUGUUUUUUCUCACCGAUCUGUCACUCCUUCCGCCGAGAAUGUUUCGCCUAACACGCCGAUAAAUUAUCAUGAGACCCAACACUCCCGGCGGCAAUCAAGCUUGCGCUGCAUGUAAAUACCAACGUAGAAGAUGUGCACCUGAUUGCGCUCUUGCUCCUCACUUUCCUUCCAAUCGAGCAUCUGAUUUUCUCAAUGCCCACAAACUGUUUGGUGUAAGAAACAUUGUGAGAACUCUCAAAAAAUUACCUACUUUCGAAGAGAAGAAGCAUGCCAUUACUUCUAUGAUCUAUCAAGCUAAUGCUCGCGUUAGUGAUCCUGUUGGUGGGUGUCACCGAAUUAUCACACAAUUGAAAACUCAAAUAGAAUUUUAUGAGCUACAGCUCAACCUUGUCCGCCAGCAGAUUGCAUUUCAUCAACGUCUCACUUCUCAUAAUUUACAGGAUUCUACGCCGUUGAACGUAUAUGAUGAUGUGCAGCUUCAACAACAUGAAGAACCCAGUAUUGUCCAUGUGGAUUACCAGCAUCCCCAUAAUUAUAAUUCGUUUGAUGAUGUUGUUGCUUCUCAUCAUUUGAAGGACUCGCCGCCAUUGAAUAUAUACGACUCCGCGCAGCUUCACCCUAUUGGGUAUGUUGAACAGCAGCAACAACAACAACAGGAAGAGCCUGCUAUUGUGAAGAUUGAAAGUGAAGAACUAUCAUCUUCCUGUUUGGGUGAAAAUGAUAGCCAACUAUCACCGUCUAGUAAGCAGCACUUUGCAGUGGACGAAAGUGAGUUAGAUAAAAUAGAUAGCGCAGUGUUCGAGGACUCUAAAGAAGUAGUUCAAUGCAGUGACAAAAUGGUGUUUAAAGAAGAUCACAAGCCAAUCCAACAUGGACAAGAGCACAAUCAAAAGGAUGCUUCACAGUUUACUUUCAAGAAUGGAAACGAGCUAAACAACUGGGAGGCAGAUAAAGGCUAGCGUCGGCGAGAAAAGUGUAACAUAGGGACAAUGGGAGUGCAGUUUCUUAGUGUAGUGCUAAUUUUGAACCCAUCUCUUCUUCAUUGAUUGCAUUUGUAAUGCCUUCACAGUAGGUUGAUAUCUUGUGUUCAUAGCUCUUUCCUAGUUUUGCAUUUUGCAUUUUAAGUUCAUCUUUACCAUACUACAGGCUCGAGAGUUUUUUUAGCCUGUGUGUAUGUGCACCUGUA